AUGGUUUUGGUGCGUAUGCUGGCGCGAAGGCCAGUGAGCACCGUGCUAAGAUGUAAACAGUACUCUACCGACAGUGCAGCAGUUAUUGAGGAGCGGUAUCAGGCCCAUCAGUCGAUUGAUGAGAAAAUGGCCACAGGGCUAUUGAUUCAACAACGAGCCAUGGAGCCUAAACGGCCGCUGCAGCUACACAGGCUGGUGCGAUUCAAGGACAUGAAUCCUGUUCCCGAAAAGGCACUGCUAGCAAAUGCUAGAGAAGCAAUUGGCGAGAUCACUGUGACGCUAGCCCAACGCCUGGAAGCUCUACGAGCUCUACCGUAUAUGGUGGUGCUGAACCCGUAUAUCUCGCGGAUUUAUCAUAUUUACUACAGUUCAUUCCGAGUGAUGAAUUCCAUGAGCCCGCCUCGGAACCUGGAGGAGAACCGCAAUAUCGUGGCUAUUUUAGAGUCGCUGGUCGACGCUCACAUGCACACAAUUCCUACCCUAGCCAAGGGCUUCAGCGAAGCACGCAAGUUCUUAAAGCCGGACCACAUUGACAAAGUUUUGCACGCGAAUCUGCAAGGCCGAAUGGCUGCUAGACUUCUUGCCGAACACCACAUUGCUUUGAGCGACCCGAUCGGGCCUAAUUUCGUGGGGUCAAUUCAAACUGAUCUGAACCCUGCCACGCUCAUCAAGCAAUGUGCUGAGGUUGUGGGCGACAUUUGCAACCUCAAGUACGGCGUUGUGCCGGACGUUGUUUUUGAGUUAGGGGAGGAGGUAAAAAUUGCCUACGUUCCUGUGCAUCUGGAAUAUAUUUGCACCGAGCUGCUAAAGAACUCUUUCAGAGCCGUGUGCGAAAAUAAUACUGCUACCAAGCAUCCAAUUGUUGUGACGGUGAUUCCAACGGGCAAUGGAGUUAUCAUUCGGUUUAGAGACCGCGGCGGAGGCAUUCUGCCCGAGAUCGAGAAAAACAUCUUCCACUUCUCCUAUACAACAUUCGAGAACGACCAAGAAAACCCAAUUGGCGAGCUCGAAAUCCACUCCGGAUCGACCAUUGCCGGACUAGGGUAUGGCCUGCCUCUGAGUCGGUCCUAUGCAGAGUUCUUCGGGGGCAAGCUGCAAGUUCAGAGCUACUACGGGUGGGGAACAGACGUUUAUCUAACACUAAAAUCCCCAAUGGUUAGUGGUUAUCAUCGCGAGGUCCAGCUAUAG